CUCAACUUUUGUGUCUGCCAUUUUUUGUCGGUCACUGCUUCGUCGCUUUCAGUCGCAUUCUUUGUCUAGAUACGUUUCUAAUUGAAAUUUUUUCGAUAGACUUUUUUAUGAUAAAUCAUUUUACCAUGGCGGAAGAAAAACCACCACAUUCCUUCAUCUGCAACUACAUGAAAUUGCACGGCCUUUUAAAUGACAUUGCUGUGCCUUUCCUGGCGGGAUUAGUUAUCGAUCUUUGGAGAAUCAAAUACCAUCGCAUUUGGGUAAAUAUGGACAUUCAAGGAGCGGAAUUCACCACAAAUAUUGGAUCCACCGUAUAUAAUAAAGCCCGUCCACUUCAAAAAGCAUUAUUGCGUACUGGUGACGUUCAGAAAUGGGAUCUUCGGUUGCUUGUCGAUGCUCUGAAAUGUUACGAAACUGAUACCGUCAAAAGCCAAGAACAACAAAACGCUUACCAAAAGUUAAAACAAAUUCACAAUGAAAUAUGCUACGAACGACAAUGUAUCGUGAAUGACAACUUGUUCAAGAAACUGUGGGCGGAAACAUCCGAAAUUUUAAUCUCAUUGGGAGUUAAGCCGCGAGAUGUGGAACGGGUGAAAAAAUUUACACUCGACGCGAAUAAAGCGAGUAUAGAAAAGGCAGCGGAUUUGAUGGCCAUAGGAGACUCACUUGUUAAAGAUGAGCAGUUUGACAGAGCAGUCGAGACUUAUGCGAGAGCGAUUAGUCUACCUGGACUACCUGCAGUGGAAUUAGGCACUCUAUAUUUGCAUCGAUCUUUUGCAUAUUUGAAAUGGGGCUUCUAUUAUCACGCUAAAGACGAUGCAAUUUGCGCGACGUUACUACGUCCAGCCUGGGAUUUGGCAUACUUUCGUUUGGGAAAGACUUAUGACAGUGUGCAAAAGCUCAAAGAAGCUGCGGACAACUAUGCUAAAUCAAAAGCAUUGAAUCCUAAACAAAAAAUACCAGAAAUUUCUGAACCAGCGCCCUUAACUGUGGAAGAAAUUGCUUCACAUACUACGCUGGAUGAAGAUGGAAAUCCAAUAUUUUCGAAAGCUGCUAUUGCUGCUCCGAACACGCGAAGCAACACAACAAAUUUACCAGCAGAAAUUGCAAUAAGGACUAAGCAGGAUGAAGAUGGAAAUCAUAUAUUUUCAGCAGCUCUUAUUGCCGAACUGAACAAGCGAAACAACACAACAAAUUUCCCAGCAGGAAUGUGUGCUGAAGCCCACAAAUAUCUGAAUGGAACCGGCGUCGAAAAAAACUAUGAAAAGGCUGUCUAUUGGUUUUCCAAGGCUGCAGCUGUAGAUAAUGCGGAAGGACUCUAUUACCUCGGUAUUUUGACAAAACAAGGCAUAGGAAUUAGCCAGAAUUUGUCUGCAGGCAUUAAGAACGUUAUGCAGGCUGCAUCACAAGAUAUUUCAAUCGAUUUGAUGGGUACGAAAAUCCUAAACGUUGGUGUCGCCGACGCACAACACAGUUUUGCACUGUUGUACAUGGAUGGUAUCGGAGUUAAACAAGAUCCCAGAAAGGCGAUAGCCUGGUAUCUAAAGGCAAUCAGACAUGGUAGUGGUGCAUCGGCUAACAACAUCGGAAAAAUGUAUUGUGAUGGCUAUGGAGUGGUUAGAAAUGCUGAGAUGGGAUUGAACUAUUACAAGUUAGGCGCCUUAUUGAAAACAGUACGGGCGAUGGAGAAUGUUUUUGAUAUUUAUAUAAAAAAAUUGGAUAUAGGGAACGCUCUCAAUUGGUUCAAAUUCGCCGUUAGCAGGGGUAGUAUGUAUCUGGCAGAAAGAACAGACAAAUUACGCGACUUACUUGGAAACCAAAUCGACGCACCAUUCGACGAAGAGCAGUUUGAAAAGGACCUUAGAACGGAAAUGGAAGUUGGUCCUCUUGCAUCUUUAAUUCCCAAGGAUCUACCUCCAUCGAUAGAAGACAUACUAACCUCUCCGAACGCAACCUGUCGCGCACAACUCGGACUCGGUGAUCGCUACAGAAUGAGCAUCGUUACCGCCCAUCGUAGAGAGCUUAAAUUAGUUAAAAAUGCAAGCCUGAAGCUCGAUAGAACUACAAACAAAGAGCUGCCCAAAACUAAAGUAGAUUUAUCUACUCUGAAGAAAAUUUCUCUCAGCGACAUGGGUGAAGAACGGCAAGACGGCUCCGCAAUGAAAAUAACAUUCAUCGAAGAUGCCAUACUAGGACGGCCCACAAUCGUCCAAAUUGCAGAAGAUGAGAACGGGGAUGCUCAACGCAUUUUUAUCGACAAUUUUCCACAGAACGAAGAAACACAUAAGCACAUUGGUUACGGCUGUCAAGUUACGCUACUCAAUCCUCACUACGAAACAGAUCCUGAUGGAAAGCCAGUGAUUCGCGUUAACAGCAAUUUGUUGGUUUUGCAUCCAACAGAUGACGGUCAAAGCCGGUGUCGCUAUUGUACGAGGCUGGGUGCGGCGAUCCCAUGUAGAAAAUGCAAAAGGGUAUUUUACUGUUCGAAAAGUUGCUCGAUGAUAGACUCAGUAGAAUUGAACCAUAAAGAUGUUUGCUUCAAACGAUGGUAGGUUAAUUAGCAGUGAAGGAGUUGAAUCGUAAUGAUGUUACUUUGAACUAUGUGUUUGUUGACCGGAAGGGGAGAUGCGUCAAUAACUAAAUUGUAAAUUUUUUUUUUUUAUUGUUUUGCGUACUUUGACUAUGUUCGUCAUGUUAAUGUAAGACAGCUAAACGACGUAAUUGUAUAGAAAAGUCAAAUAAAUUCUUGGAACACUUA